GAAAUGGCCGGAAACGGAUGCUGUUAUUCCGGCUGUUCCCUGUUAUAUGUUGAUGUCUGGAGAGAGGAGGAAAAGAAGACUUGACGUUUGGAUUAACCUAAACUGCCUUCACAGAGUUACUGUGUCUGUUUCACCCCUUAAUUCAAAAGUCAAAGAUAUUAGCGGCAACAUCUGAAUCAGUCAAUGGGAAAAAUCUAACAAUGUUUAGCUUUGAGGGAGAUUUCAAGACAAGACCCAAGGUAUCACUUGGAGGAGCGAGCAAAAAGGAGGAGAAAGCAUCUCUGCUGCACCGCACUCAAGAAGAAAGAAGAAAAAGAGAGGAUGAAAGGAGACGUCUGAAGAAUGCCAUCAUCAUUCAGUCCUACAUACGUGGCUACCAGGAUUUGAAACGACAAUAUUCCUUCCAGAGGGCCAGGUUUGAUGAGUGUGUCAGCCAGACGCACGCAGGAGGUGCUCAGCAUGUCUUGGACGGUCCUGGUCUCUGCCUUUUAUCAAGACAACUCAUAUUUUUUUACAGACAGAGUGUGGAUGCCCAUAGAUUGAUAUGGUUGUGCCAGAAUCUGGUGAAGCACAACAGUCCGUUUGUGAAAUUGUUGCUGGGCCCACAGAAGCAGACAUGCAUGUUUCAAAUCAAGCGUAUCUUGGGUUUCUGCUGCAGACUCCUGCAGAACUGCAAGGACGACAGUUUAAACGUGACGGUUCCCAUGCGGAUGCUAGACAUUUUUUCUUCAGAGAGAACCUAUCUUCCUGUUAUUCCAGAUGCUAAUUAUGUAGCGUCGAUACUCGAGCAGAUUUUGCACUAUAUGGUACAGAAAGGAUACUACAGGUCGCUGUACAUUCUUGUGAAUCACAGGCUCCCUUCCAGUCUGGAGUACAGCGACGCUCCCUCUAUCCCUCUGGCAAGCACAUUGUUGGAGCACAUCCUCAAACCCCUGCACUUUACCUACUCCUCCUGCACAACAGGCGCAAGGCAGUUUGUAUUUGCAGCCUUUACCGAGGAGUUCAUCUCGGCACCAUUUACCGAGCAGAUCUUUCACUUCUUUAUCCCGGCGCUGUCGGACCUCCGUCUCUCAUUCCCAUUCGAGGCCUUCCUGAGCUCCCUCCAGGCCACCAUCGGCUCAUCCUCAGCAGCACAGAGCCAGGCACCGUGGCUCUUUUACUUUGUCCUCUCUGUGGGGGAGAACUGCUUAGGCUCACUAUCAGAGGAGGGACUGCUGCUGUACCUCCGGGCUCUGCAGACACUGCUGCCACUGCUGCCUGUGUCGGAGAGCAGCACCAGGCCUGAGGUGUGCAGCGACUCUGAGGAUGAGGAUGAUGCUGGCAUCCAUCCAGCACCCAUGCAGGAUGAUAGUCGGAUAUCUGUGCAGCUGAUCACCGAGGAGUGUGUCCACAAGCUGGACACCAAGCAGCAGACUAAUGCCCUGUUGAACCUGGUGUGGAGGGAUUCAGCCAGCGAGGAGGUUUUCACAAUGAUGGCGUCAAUCUGUCACACACUUAUGGUGCAGCAUCGCCUAAUGGUGCCAAAAGUCAGACUUCUUUACAGUUUAGCUUUCAAUGCACGUUUCCUUCGGCAUAUAUGGCACCUGAUCACUUCCAUGACAACUAAAAUGAUCACUGGCUCCAUGGUUCCACUGCUACAGCUGAUCUCACGAGGUUCUCCCAUGUCAUUCGAGGACUCGAACCGCAUCAUUCCCCUCUUCUAUCUCUUCAGCUCCCUCUUCAGCCACUCGCUUAUCUCCGUGCAUGACAGCGAGUUUUUCGGGCAUGAAAUGGAAGCCCUCUCAACAGGUCAGACACAGUCCUCCAUGAUGCCCUUCACACUCUCAGAGCUGGUCACUCUGUCUCGCUGUCUGAGAGAUGCAUGUCUGGGAAUCAUCAAGUUGGCCUACCCUGAGACCAAAGCAGAGCACAGAGAGGAGUACAUGGCUGCCUUCCGCAGCGUGGGUGUCAAGACCAACACUGAGGUUCAGCAGCGCAUUCAGGCUGAACAGAAACGAUGGGUACAGCUCUUCAAGGUCAUCACUAACUUGGUGAAGAUGGUGAAAGCUCGCGACAUUAGACGACCUUUCUGUCCAGCAGGUCACUGGCUCUCUGAGGAGGUCAACAUCCGUGCCGAUAAGGUCACCCAGCUGUACGUCCCCUCUGCAAGACAUGUGUGGAGAACGAGAAGGAUGGGCCGCAUUGGGCCACUUCAGUCAACACUUGAUGUCGGCUUAGAGCCUACACAGCUGUCUGUAUCCGAGGAGAGACAUCUGGCCAUCCUCACAGAGCUCCCCUUCGUGGUUCCCUUUGAGGAGCGAGUCAAGAUCUUCCAGAAAUUAAUCUAUGCUGACAAACGGGACGUGCAGGGUGACGGGCCAUUCCCCGAUGGCAUCAAUGUUACCAUCAGACGCAACUACAUCUAUGAAGACGCCUACGAUAAACUCUCUCCAGAAAAUGAACCGGACCUGAAGAAAAGGAUUAGAGUCCAUCUGCUGAAUGCUCAUGGUCUUGAUGAGGCGGGCAUCGAUGGUGGCGGCAUCUUUCGGGAGUUCCUCAAUGAACUCCUAAAGUCGGGCUUCAAUCCAAACCAGGGUUUUUUCAAGACGACCAAUGAGGGCCUGCUGUAUCCCAAUCCGGCUGCAGGGAUGCUGAUCGGGGACUCCUUCACACGACACUACUACUUCCUUGGCAGAAUCCUCGGGAAGGCGCUGUACGAGAACAUGUUGGUGGAGUUGCCCUUUGCCAGUUUCUUCCUGUCUAAACUUCUGGGAACCAGUGCAGAUGUGGACAUCCACCACCUGGCCUCGCUGGACCCAGAGAUGUACCGCAACCUUCUCUUCCUCAAGAGCUACGAGGGUGAUGUGGAGGAGCUGGGCCUUAACUUCACUGUGGUCAACAAUGAUCUGGGAGAGGCUCAGGUGGUUGAACUGAAGCUGGGAGGGAAAGACAUCCCUGUGACCACAGCAAACCGGAUCGCCUACAUCCAUCUGGUGGCUGACUACAGACUGAAUAAGCAGAUCAGGCCUCACUGCCUGGCCUUCCGACAGGGCCUGGCCAAUGUGGUCAACCUCGAGUGGCUGCGCAUGUUUGACCAGCAGGAGAUCCAGGUGCUCAUAUCUGGGGCUCAUGUGCCAAUUUGUCUUGAUGACCUGAAAAAGUUCACAAACUACUCAGGCGGGUACUCGGCCACUCAUCCUGUCAUCCAGAUCUUCUGGGAGGUGGUCGAAAGCUUCACAGAUGAGGAAAAACGCAAGUUGCUCAAGUUUGUCACCAGCUGCUCCAGACCUCCACUGCUGGGCUUCAAGGAGCUCUACCCGGCCUUCUGCAUUCACCAUGGCGGCACUGACCUGGACCGUCUGCCCACGGCCAGCACCUGCAUGAAUCUGCUCAAGCUGCCAGAGUUCUGUGACCAGUACCAGAUGAGGAACAAGCUGCUGUACGCCGUCGAGUCCUCUGCCGGGUUCGAGCUGAGCUGAGCUGAGCUGAGGAGCGCGAAGGCUUCUCUGCCCCCGCCAUCCAUAGACUCGGUGUCAUAGAAAUGGCUUGGGAGAAAAAGGCCUGGGAC